AUGGCUCAUCAGUUGCAUGUGCCGCUGUCACAAAUCAAGCCAAGCUUUGCACCGACGCCCGUGGUCAACAAUGAUAUUAAUAAUAGAUCCGAACCGCCAACAGUGGAAAAGACAAUAGAUCUCUUGGGCAUGCAAGCCCAUAUCGAGGGAGGGUACUAUGUGGAAACCGAUCGUGAUCCUCUGAAUGUGGCAAACCCUUUCCUCAACAAUGAAGACCCUGGCACAUCUUAUACUGUUCCGGAGACCGACGUGACAUCUGACAUUCGGCUGAGUCCCGGCCAGGAUCAUUCUACUCGAUCCGCCAGUACUACUAUUUAUUAUUAUAUCACCCCUGGUUCUCCUUUGGGAUGUUUCCAUCGUAAUCGCGGCCGGACCGUUCACACGCUGCAUCGCGGCCGUGGUUGCUACGUGCUGAUCCAUGCAGACGAAGUCCUUCGCGGCGAUAGAACUGCCCAAAACAACAAAGCCCGCAUCGAAACCUUCGUUGUUGGCCACGACAUUGAGAAGGGAGAGAAGUUACAGUGGAUUGUAGAAGGAGGAAAAUUCAAAGCGUCUUUUUUGCUCCCCGACACCGAUGGUGGAGAUAAAUCCGAAGGUUUGCUGAUUAGCGAGACUGUGGUUCCCGGGUUCGAGUUCGCGGACCAUGAUUUUAUGCGAUCUGCGACGUUGGAUGAACUUUUGAAUCCAGAAGAAGUCGAGGAGCUCAAGUGGCUUUUGAGAGAGAAGUCAAUUAGUGUAUAG